AAUAGAUUAAUAUUAAAAUAAUAUAUUAAUUUUUGAAAAUUAGUUGGUUAACGAGGUUAAUACACCAAUCUCUUGUCAGACCCUAUCCCUCACCUUAGGCCGGAUUAAGUUAUACAUAAUAAUUCUGAUGUAUUAAGGGAUUAUGCUGUUAUACUAUACGAUAAUCACACCAAACAACUGGAAAUUUCAUAAGAUAUAUUGUUCCUCCCGUCACUCCAAAUAGGCCGGGAAGUUGAGGCGGCGAGUGUGGUGGUUGGUAGUAGCCUUGUUGCUUUGGUUGGGUUAGGUUUGGUUUGGUUUGUGUGGUGGCGAGUAUCUUGAAUCAAUGGCGUCUCAAUCGGCCAAUCUAUGGGUUUUGUUGGGUUUGGGUUUGGCUGGAAUUUUCGUCCUCACCAGAAAGCUGAAGCAAGCUGUGAAAGAGGAAUUGGGUGCUUUCAUUGAGAAGCUUCAGCUGCUUCCUCCUCCACAGCCUGCUCCUCCCAAAGCUCCUCAUCCACUCACCGCCCUCACUUUCGCCCUUUCCGACCUGUUUGACAUAGAGGGACACGUGUCCACGUUUGGGCAUCCCGAAUGGGCAAGGACUCAUGAACCUGCUUCUUCAACAUCUCCUGCAGUUUCUGCUCUUGUUGAAGGAGGUGCAACCUGUGUUGGAACUACUGUUGUCGACGACCUAGCAUUUGGUAUCAGUGGCGAAAAUAAGCAUUAUGGAACACCAACCAAUCCUGCUGUGCCUGCUCGAGUACCGGGUGGCUCCUCUAGUGGUGCUGCUGUCGCUGUUGCUGCUAAUUUCGUUAGUUUCUCGUUGGGUAUUGAUACUAUUGGAGGAGUGAGAGUACCUGCUGGAUUUUGUGGUAUUCUAGGAUUUCGACCUUCAUUUGGUGCUGUUUCAAAUAUUGGAAUCAUACCUAUUUCAACAAGUCUGGACACUGUUGGUUGGUUUGCAAAGGAUCCUAAUAUUUUGUGUCGUGUUGGCCAUAUACUCUUAAAAGCACCAUUUGUAAUGCAACGCAAUCCUCGGCAAAUAAUUAUAGCCGACGAUUGUUUUCAACAUAUAAAUGUUCCUGUUGACAGGAGUUCUCAAGUGGUGAUCAAAGCCACUGAAAAGCUUUUUGGGAGGCAAGUAUUGAAGCAUAUAAAUCUCGAGGACUAUAUAAGUUCUGAAGUUCCUAGCUUGAAGGAGUACUCCAGCCAGAAAACAAAUGGUGAACUGAAAGCUUCUUCAUUAAAAUUACUUGCCAACAUUAUGAAAUUUCUACAAAGACAUGAAUUCAGACUCAUGCACGAUGAGUGGUUGAACAUAGUAAAACCUGAUCUUCAUCCUGCUAUCUCGGCACAAUUGUAUGAAAAGUUCGAGGUCUCUGAUGUAGAGAUUGAAAACUCUAAAUCUGUUAGAAGUGAGAUCCACGCUGCUGUAAAUUUGCUUUUGAAGGACGAAGGAAUUUUGGUGAUCCCCACUGUAGCUGAUCCUCCUCCAAAAUUAGGUGGGAAGGAGAUUCUAUCAGAGGAUUAUCAGAGCCGUACAUUUAGUCUGCUAAGUAUUGCUAGUGUAUCAGGUUGCUGUCAGGUCACAAUACCAUUAGGAUUUUAUGACAAGUAUCCUGUUUCAGUGUCGUUGAUAGCUCGGCAUGGUGGUGAUCGCUUUUUACUUGACACACUAAAGUCCAUGUAUUCAACUCUCCAAGAGCAGGCUGAUAUUGCCGCCAAAAGUAAAUCAUUAAGAAAUGUUGUCAGUAAGGAACAAACUGCUGAAAUUGCCAAAGAGAAGGGAAAUCAAGCCUACAAAGAUAAGCAGUGGCAGAAAGCCAUUGGAUUUUAUACAGAAGCUAUCAAACUCAGUGGCGAUAAUGCAACAUACUACAGUAACAGGGCUCAAGCUUAUCUAGAACUUGGGAGUUACCUCCAAGCUGAGGCAGAUUGUACAAAAGCAAUUAACCUUGACAAAAAGAAUGUGAAGGCCUAUUUUCGUCGAGGUACAGCUAGAGAGAUGCUAGGCUACUACAAGGAUGCAAUUGAUGAUUUUAAUUAUGCCCUUGUACUUGAGCCAACCAACAAAAGGGCAGCUUCGGCCGUUGAAAGGUUGAGGAAACUAUUCCAGUAGGGGUAUAUGAUUGUGAACACGAGGGCUGAAUCAUGAUGCUGACCUAUUUAGGCCCUGCGACGAUUGAUGAGUUUCUAGUUACAAUAAUCACACAGGAGUCAUCUGACGUGGUUUCUACAAAAGUAAUUAUGAUUCUUUUAUCCUUCAUGGCAAGGCAAUUUAUAGACAUGGAAAGCAUGUAUUGCUUAACCUUUUAUCGGGUUCUGUGACACAGUAACGUGUUAUUUCCAGAAUGAGUCCCAAUUUUGCUCGUGGUAAAUACAGGAUUGUAAUGUCAGUCAAGUGAGGCGUAUGCUUAUGACUAUAGCUCAGUAUACAGCUGCGCAUUUUUCUUCAGAGUAGGUUGUACUUCACAGGUUUUUAAUAUUUGCCCAAUGGAAGCGCUUUAUUUGUUAGUGCUUAAGUCGUUAUUUACUACAGUCUUUUAAGAGGCAAGAGGCACGCUGAAUUUGUUUCAAGGUGCUUAUUACUUUUUGACCCCGUGGGGGAAAAAGGAAGAACAACCAGCAAUGCUGCGACUACAUCAGGAAAUAUGACGAAUUAAAUUACAUCUUUGCAAGAGUACAGUGCCAAAAGUAAACUAUGUAAACAAUUGGAAGUAAUUGUCUGUUUUCGUGGGGUUUUUUUUUUUUUUUUU